UCUGUUUGCAAACCCGAAGAACACUGCGAUAUCAAUUUCUUAGCAGUAUGACCAGCAUGCUGUAACCACCGACCAAACAACACAAGGAAAAGUUUGAGUCACAUCGCUCUUUUAACUGAACCGGCUACCAGAAUGACUGCUAAACCUCAUCCACCGCUAAUGAAAAAGCACAGUCAGACUGAUCUAGUGAGUCGGCUCAAGACCCGCAAAAUCUUGGGAGUUGGAGGAGAGGAUGACGAUGGAGAGGUGCACAGGUCAAAGAUCAGUCAAAUGCUGGGGAAUGAGAUUAAGUUUGCUGUGCGCGAGCCUGUGGGUUUGAGAAUAUGGAUCCUGUUCUCAGCAGUGGUCUUCACAGUGAUUGCCUUAAUGGCCUUGGCAUUCCCUAAUCAGCUUUAUGAGGUUGUAUUCGACCAGGAGCAAACGGCUACCAGUGUCUCUAUACGUCUGUAUGGAGGGGCAUUGCUGAGUCUCUCUCUAAUCAUGUGGAACGGUCUGUACACUGCUGAGAAAGUUAUCAUCCAGUGGACUCUGCUCAGUGAAGCGUGCUACUUUGCCAUCCAGUUUUUAGUAACCUCCGUCACUCUGGUGGAGCUGGGUCUGUUGUCAAAUCCUGCCAUCCUCCUCCUCCUCAGCCGCAUACUCUUCCUCACCAUCACCCUCUCAUACUACUACCACCUGGGACGUCGGCCUAAAAAGAUCUAAAGCUCUAAUCCCCAAUGUCUUGGAGAGUGAGGUGUAUGCGGGAGGUGGGGCCGCCACAUCUGAGUUUUAGCAAGAAGCUUUAAACACUGAUAUGAUCAACUUUACCAACAUGCUAAUUUGGCAUGGAUCCUCGCACUUGACUACUGAUCAGAUCCAACUCUCAUUUGGCAUCUUUUGUUUUAAAUGAUUUUCUCCCUAUAUUGGUUGUUGUUGACUCCUGGUGUACCUCUAUCUCCUUUCACACGUCAGUGUAGAAAGAUGAAAGCUGUGCACGCAACCUUCAACAUAUAUGAGGCAUGCUACUGCAUGUUUUAAAACCAUUAUUCAAGCAGUGCUAUACUUAAGGGACCCAUUGGCUGGUGCAUCACUUAGUAACAGGAAAGGAGGUGAUCCCACCAUGCUUUCGUCCUGGUAAGAACAGUGCCAUCUGCCCUGGCUCUUGGCCAUGGAAGGUGUGUGGCACAUCUGGAUUUUAAUCGUGAAUCCAAACAGUAGGUUUCACCUCUGUGCCACUAAAUGUCCUUAUUCUUCCAAUAUCCAGCUUAAACACAACAUGGGAACAUGGCUUUAACAUGCAUAUUUGUUUUUUUUUUUUUGUUUGUUUUUUUUUUUUUUCAUUUUUGUUUCCUUUUUUAUUCUGAGAAACUCAUACCAUUGUAAAGUGAAUCUUUUGUUAGUUUUUUUUUUUUUUUUUUGGACUGUGUAGUUACUAUGUAGCUAUUUCUGAAGCAGAGUUUGUCAUGUUUUUGCACACCAUAGCUCAGCUUGGAAUGCUGUGGUUCUUGUUUGUAGAAAUGGAAUAAAUGGUGAUAAAGUCCUUUUUAUAAUUCCAGAGACCUCUUAGCUCCUGCUCGUGUGACUCGUGUUGGUGUAAGAGUGGGCAGUAAACACUAGAAUGUGUGUUUUUAUGUACAAUCAAGGCUUUUUGUUUAGUUUUUUA